GGUCCUUCUUCCGUCUGCAGCAGCCCCUGGCUCUGGAAUGUUCUGUGUGUGACCCGGCGAUUACACCACAAUCCGAGUCCAUCCGAACCAGAAUCAAGGCAUUUCAUCCACGGGGUGUAUAGAUCCUGCUCUGAGCACCCCCGGUAACAUUUUCCAUCCGUUAUCACGUCAGGAUGCCCGAAGCGAUGGCAGCACCGAGAGCCCAGAGCGGCGGUAAAAACAAUGGAGGCACCUAUGUGGACCGCGACAAGCCCGCCCAGAUCCGAUACAGCAACAUUUCUGCCGCCAAAGCUGUUGCAGACGCCGUCAGAACCAGCCUGGGACCCAAAGGAAUGGAUAAGAUGAUCCAGGAUGAGAAAGGAGACGUGACGAUCACCAACGACGGAGCCACCAUCCUCAAACAGAUGCAGGUGCUCCACCCAUCUGCCAAAAUGGUGCGUGCACUUUACCUCAUGCAUUUGUUUUCAUUCCAUGUGAAUGUUUUGGCCAAUGUGUUGAUGCUUCUAUGGAGCCUUGCUCAAAGGUUUGCUGGUUCUGUGUUCCAGCUGGUGGAACUGUCCAAAGCUCAGGAUAUUGAGGCCGGAGACGGCACCACCUCUGUGGUGAUCAUUGCUGGAGCGCUGCUGGAUGCCUGCUCCAAACUGCUUCAAAAAGGAAUCCACCCCACCAUCAUCUCCGAGUCCUUCCAGAAGGCCGUGGAUAAAGGCGUGGAGGUGCUGACCGGCAUGAGCCGGCCCGUGGAGCUGAGCGACCGCGAGUCGCUGCUCAACAGCGCCACCACAUCGCUGUGCUCCAAGGUGGUGUCGCAGUACUCCAGCCUGCUGGCCCCCAUGAGCGUGGACGCCGUCAUGAGAGUCAUCGACCCGGCCACGGCCACCGGAGUCGACCUGAACGACAUCAAGAUCAUCAAGAAGCUGGGAGGAACCAUCGAUGACUGUGAGCUGGUGGAGGGACUGGUUCUGACGCAGAGAGUGGCCAAUACCGGCGUGACCCGCGUGGAGAAGGCCAAGAUUGGUUUGAUCCAGUUCUGUCUGUCGCCUCCCAAGACUGAUAUGGACAACCAGAUAGUGGUGUCGGAUUACGCGCAGAUGGACCGCGUGCUGCGAGAGGAGCGCUCGUACAUCCUGAACCUGGUGAAGCAGAUCAAGAAGGCCGGCUGCAACGUGCUGCUCAUCCAGAAGUCCAUCCUCCGAGAUGCUCUGAGCGACCUCGCGCUGCACUUCCUCAACAAAAUGAAGAUCAUGGUGGUGAAGGAAAUCGAGAGGGAAGACAUCGAGUUCAUCUGCAAGACUAUCGGCACCAAGCCCAUCGCUCACAUCGACCACUUCACUCCAGAAAUGCUCGGCACCGCGGAGCUGGCAGAAGAGGUCAACCUGGACGGCUCUGGCAAACUGGUGAAGAUCACCGGCUGCAGCAGCCCGGGGAAGACGGUGAGCAUCGUGGUCCGGGGCUCCAACAAGCUGGUGAUCGACGAGGCGGAGCGCUCCAUCCACGAUGCGCUGUGUGUCAUCCGCUGUCUGGUCAAGAAGAAGGCUCUGAUAGCUGGAGGCGGAGCUCCGGAGAUCGAGCUGGCCGUGCGUCUAACGGAGUACUCGCGCACCCUGGGCGGGAUGGAGGCGUACUGCGUGCGGGCGUACGGUGACGCUCUGGAGGUCAUACCCUCGACACUGGCAGAGAACGCGGGCCUGAACCCCAUCUCCACGGUGACGGAGCUCCGCAACAGACACGCGCAGGGAGACAAGAUGGCCGGCAUCAACGUCCGCAAGGGGGGAAUUUCCAACAUCCUGGAGGAGCUGGUGGUGCAGCCUCUGCUGGUUUCUAUCAGUGCACUGACUCUGGCCACAGAAACGGUCCGAAGCAUCCUCAAGAUCGAUGAUGUGGUGAACACUCGAUAGGUCUGUCCAGCCUCUGAAGCCCGUUUGUUCUGCGAGGGAUCGGAGCGCCAUGUCAACAAGUCUGCUCAGAUUUCCACUGUAGUUAUUACAUUGCCUAAUUUAAUAAAAGGCUUGUUUUUUUUUUGUUGUUGACA